UCGAAGUUCCCCGAGCACGAAGGGGUCAGGGCGGCCGGGGGAGGGACCGACCCUGCGGCCGGGGCGGGGAGCGGCGGCAGCGGGCAUCCUCGGGCCGUGCCUCGCAGCGCCAUGGCCCGGCGGCCCCCGGGUAGCCCGGGAGCCGUAACCAUUCGCCUGGCCGAGGGCGACGACGAGGAGGACGCGGCGCGCUGCGGGCGCUCCAGUGGUGGGGAAAAUGAUGAUGACUGUGACCAGAACUGGAAACCACCAGAAAAUGACCUGAUUCAGAAGUUAGUAGCACAGAUUGAAUAUUACUUCUCAGAUGAGAACCUUGAGAAAGACGCCUUCCUUCUAAAGCACGUGAGAAGAAAUAAGAUGGGCUAUGUCAGUGUUAAGCUCCUCACUUCUUUUAAGAAGGUGAAACACCUUACCCGUGAUUGGAGAACCACAGCCUAUGCACUGAAGUACUCGGACACACUUGAGCUCAGUGACGACAACAGAAAGGUUAGAAGAAAUACUCCAGUUCCAGUGUUUCCAAGUGAAAACCUCCCUACCAGGAUGUUACUGGUGUAUGAUAUCUACGUGAUUUCUGAGCUGCAGCCUCCUAACAAGCAACAAGAAAAUGGAUGCUUGCAAGAAAGGAUGAUGGAGCAUCUCCUCAAAGCCUUUGUAACUUUUGGUGCAAUAGCAUCAGUUCGUAUCCUCAAGCCUGGUAGGGAUUUACCACCCGAUAUCAGGAGGGUCAGCAAUCGAUACACCCAACUGGGAACUCAGGAAUGUGCAAUUGUAGAAUUUGAAGAUGUAGAUGCUGCCAUACGUGCUCAUGACUUCAUGUGUGCUGAAAAGGAGGAGACUGGCAUGAAAGUUGUCUUAAUAGGCAUGAAACCUCCAAAGAAAAAAGUUCCCAAAGACAAGAACCGUGAUGAAGACACCAGCAAGAGUCUUAAGAAGGCUAGAUCCCUUAAUAAGAGAAUUGAGGAGCUGCAGUUUGUUGGUGAGGAAUCUUCAGCAAACAGCUCUUCUGAUCCAGAGAGUAAUCCAACAUCACCACUGUCGGGACGCAGAAGUACUGCAAUGAAUACUAAGAACAAUUUGAGCCCUGUCAUUCACCCAACAAACCAUUUGAGUCCUAAUGUGUCACCCAGAUCAAGUCCGUGGAACAGUCCAUCUUCACUAAGAAAAGUAACCAAAAAGUCUCCACUGGCUGAAGACAGCAAGCUUAACCUAAGCACUAGCCAUGAAAUUCCAAGGCAAGGUACAGAUUAUUCCUCGGAUAGCAGUAUCACGCCUUCUGGUAGCCCCUGGGUACAGAGAAGAAAAGCUCAAACUGUAACACAAGAGAAGAGUCCCAGCAGCAGCCCCAUGUUGGCUCGGAAAAUACAAAAUGCAGAUGGUCUGCCUGUAGGGGUGCUGCGGCUGCCUAAAGGUCCUGAUGGCACUAAAGGAUUCCACAGUGGAUGUGAAAGAAGGAAGGAUAUGAAGAAUGAAUAAAUUGUUCUUUAAAACAAUUUCACCAGUCAAUCAUCUGCUUUUGUUCAAGCCUGGUAAAAAAACCUGUCACUUGAGUGACUCAGGCAGUAUUUAAUUUUUAAAGUAUUUGUGUAUUCAUGUUACAGAAUCAGAGAGUAGCUGAGGUUGUAAGGCAUCUCUGGAGACUGGCCAGUCCACCUCCUCUGCUCAAGCAGGGUCCACUAUAGCAGGUCACUUAGGGUUCCUAAUAUCUGCAAGGACAGAGAAUCGCCAGCCUCUCUGGGCAAUGUACUCCCACCUUCAGCCAUUCCCACAUGAGGAAAGUAUUUCCUUACCAUCAGCUGGAAUUCCCUUUGUUUCAGUUUGUGUCUCUUUUUGUGUUACUGUGUUGCUGAGACGAUCCAGGCUCCAUCUUCUUUUCUCCUUCCCAUCAGGUAUUUAAAAACACUGAUGGUAUUUAAAAUCCACCCUGAACCUUCUCUUCUCCAGUCUAGACAGCCCCAGCUCCGUAGGCCUCUCACAGGACUCAUGCUCCAGUCUCCUAAUCAUCUUAUGCACUUAAUUAACAUAAUGCCCUUAUCUGUAUUAUUAUCUUUUUAAUGUAUUAGUUUGAAAUGCCUAAAUAUUGAAACAGGCAUAUAAAUCAUUAAUGUAACUGCAUUAUUUGCAAAGCUAUGAUCCCGAAGAGCAGUGUGUAAACAAGUAACAGUGUAGCGGCUGUAUGAAGAUAAGCAUUGGUGUGUUACAAGCUUAAUCAUAAGGAGAAGAGAUUUUGAAGACUUUCUGUAUUUGUCUCAAAAGGAACUCUUGAGCAACUUACUCUACCGUGAGCAGUGGCGUUCUGCUUGCACACAUCUCCAAAGACAACAUCGUUUAGUUAGGACCAAAGUGUGUGUUUUCGUGUGAUGUGAAUAAAGAUGCUGAGCACUGAAGACUGUUCUGUAAGAGUAAUCUCAUAUAAUCAGAUGGAAAUAAAUGAAAAUAUUAACUCCUUAUAGAUUUACUGUGUUUACUUUAAAAAUAAGUUGACCUGCACCUGAGUAGAUACUUAAAUCUCACCUUAUACUGUAGGAAAUUCUAGCAAUAGUUACGCGUAAUUUCCGCUGCACUUGGGAAAAAGAAAAAUGGUCCCUGCCCCAUUGCAGAUGGUUACUUCAGUGGUGAUGCUUCACACCAACUGUAUGCAAUAGUCUUUUUUUAUACAAUAUUACAAACUAAACAAGGUUUAUCUCGCUGUUCACUCUGAAUUUAGCAAGCAGUCUCAGCAAGAAGGGCUGAAAAUUAACUGUAAUCCUACCUGAAGUCAAAGAAGGAAUCUCUGUAGUUUUGCUUACAAGUUAUACUCACAGGUUAUACUCAUAAAAAUAACAGCCCAGCAACAGCAAAAAAGUGAGGUUUCAGCUUCUAAUGUACAACUUGGGAACUGUGCAUUGACAAAGCUCUAAUCAGAUGAUUCUUCAUUCCAAAACUUCACACCCUUUCCAACCUUCAUUUCACUUCUGCAGUGUAAAUAACUGCAGUGACACAAUUAGAAAUCAAUCUACAGAACCCUCAAUUUCUUGUGUAUCAUCCUUUAACCACCCAGAUAUAUUGCUGGUUCCUUUGCCUCACACAAGUGGAAUCCUCCAAGUUACCUCCUGACUUCCACUGCCAGCAGAGACUGUCAAUACUGUUACACGCAAAGUGGAGGGGUUUUUAAAAACUGGGCAGCAGAUCAAGUAUCUAAGUGGCAGAGUAAGUACAGAGCCUUCAGAAGAGUGAUUCUGCAACUUUGGCACUCUUUCACUACGUAUCCAGAACACACUUGUUUUGUUAAUAAUCGGGGAAAGUUUUUUUUUAAUUAUAAAACUACGCAGCAUCCAUGUGUCAUCAUGCACCAAACUGUUUGGGGACAGCAAUACAACUGAUUCGAGCCAGUACUUUGACAACACAGAAGUCAAUUAAAUGGAAAUACUGAGAGCUAGAUGUGAUAGUCCAUCAUGGUAAAAAUCUCUGAAACAUUGUAUGCUUACAGGAAAAAUGGAAGUUGAAAAUAGCAGCGUUUACCAGGACUAUGUUCCCUGAACGAACAUAUCUUCAUGUCACAGUCAACAUGUAAACCUUAAAAAUUAAACUUACUUCUGUGUAACACUAAGUUUGAAGCUCAAAAUCUCAUCAGAUGCUAAUUACGAGUCUUAUUUAGCUUUAGAAAGUUUUACACUUGACAGAUAAAAUGAACACUGAGUGUGACUCCUUGGUAAACAAACAGAAGUAGACAUUUUCCUUUCCUAAUAAACAAAACACUGUGUUACUGAAAUGUUAUUAGAAGGCCCUAACCUAUAAAAAUGUUA